GUGACAUGGAAGAAAAGUGUAGAAAUGUGUAUCAACAAAUUAGGAGACGAGAAUAUGGUGUAAAAAAGAGACCGAGGUCUAAAUUUGAGAUACUGAAAACACUUGUAUUAGAUGAAAAUUAUGUGUACAAAGAAGUAUGGACAAAAUAUUCCAGCAAAGGCAUCAAGACUGAAGGAGGAAGAAUAUACUUUGAGAAUUACACAAACUGUUAUGGUGGGUAUGGGAGGGACAAUAAGCCAGUACAUCUGCAUUCUCUGUCUACUCCCUGGGAACAGAAGAUAGAGACAGCAUUAGUAGCCUCCAUUCAACCAGAGAAGUUAUCCUUGCCACAUAAAGGAGAACGGCCAUCUUUUUUCUGCAUUGUGGGUAAAUGUUGGUUGAUGCGCUUUGACUGGAUCACUGGACAGCUAUUGGAGGAAGUGUACUUGCUGCCACGGACACACUGUCAUUUUAGUGAUCUAAGCUGGAAUGAGCCUGGAGCUUCUAUCGUUUUAAGAUCCACUCACAAAAUGACUGGUUGCAUUAGACAGGUUGAAGCUGAUCGCCCUAAUGUUGUCAAAGUCCUCGCCCUGUUUGAUGUGUUUCCAAUCAGGUUCACUGGAAUGUUUGAAGUCACAAAGAGUGUGUUUGGAGAUGACACAGUGGAUGCUAUGGCAUCUAGUGGUUUCUUGACCACCAUGCAUAGGUCUGGAAUGGUCAAACUUCACAGCAUGGAAUACAUUCUACAGAAGUAUAAGCUAUAUGAAGCAGAACUUUACACAAGACUUCAAAACCAAGAGGAGAUUUGUGGGAAACAGCCAUGUGGUCUACCACUAAACAUUAUAAUCAAAGAAGAACCACCUGUGCUAUUCCAGGUUAAAUGUCAUCAGAACAGUUUGGAGGUGGGAGGAUGUCCCUGGCACUUCAUGUACACACCCCCAAGGAAGGAGGGGUCCUUCCAUGUGAAGUCUCUUGUUUCUGGACAACUCGCCAAGAAUGGUGUUCUCAAGUCUGAAGAACUUGGCCUUGAUGCAGACAGAGCCCAGUUUUGUACAGAUGAAACUGGCAGGAUUUUACAUAUUGACAGUAAAUCUGUAAGUAUGCACAGAAUUAAGGAGACAAAAUCUACAAAAUCAGAGAUAGAGAAAUGUUUCACAAUUAAUCUAGAGAGAAAGGACAAAGCCCAGGUCACAUCCACUGACACAUACACCUCCUCAGGGCGGCACGUCACAAGGAUCAGUUUUUGGUCGAUGAUCCACAUGGACGUGGAGCUUCCAAACAUGGUUAUUCACAAUGUGGAUUAUGAAGAUGAGCUGGAUCUUCUGUGGACAAGUGUGGAUUACUUCAUAGCAGACAAUGACAUGGAGAGUUAUCUUAGAUUCCAUGACAACAACACAGGAGAAACAAUCAAGGAGAUCAAACUAGCUCAACCUUUUGUGGAAUCAAUGAAUGAAGAAAAUGAGGUGAAGGUGGACCUGGAUACAGUGGUACAGACUGUGAAGUCAUUUAAUGGAGAGUUUGCGUGUGUGGUGUACAGACUACAAGCCAAAGUAGAGGAACAGGAACAAAAUACAGACAAGCCAAGAAGAAAAGGAGCUAAACUGGAAAAUAAUCAACCAAGAGAGUCAGAGGACUCAAGUACAGGCUCUCAAAACUCAUCUAGAUCUCGUCGAGCUCAGCGGAGGAGUCGGGAAGGUGAGUCUGACGAGGAGUGGACAGUUCCCGGUAGUUCGUCAGAAACCCGGCACUCAAGGCGACGGAAACAGCGUGGUACCAGUGAGAGGUCAUCUGAGAAUCGACAAACUGCCAGACAGGAGAGUAGGAGGAGAACAAAGGAAUGAAGAGACUGACUGUCAAGAAUCUAAAUCUGUGUUACCACAGAAAAGGCACUAACUGAGGAUACUUCUUUCUCUCUGAUCUCAAGGGACCAGCAAACAGAAAUCAGGUCCAAUACAGAAAGGAACUGAUCAAGUGAUCAUGGGUUCUGGUCACAGCAGGGUUUUCAGGCCCGUAGAAAGCAAU